AAACGCCAAGAACGAAUUCGAGAUCGAGUCCGAUCUAUUAUCCAUUGAUCAAUUGUCUCCCAAUUAAGACCCAUCGCAUCGCCCGACAUCUCGUGUCCUCCACAUCGUGACGAUUCAUCAAUAAAUAUUCCAAACACCCCACGAUCGCAUCUCAUCACACCCUGCUCCCGGCGACCGCGCAACGCGACCGACGCGUUGUGAAUAUUUGUGGACUUCCCUGGCCAUUUGGUACCUCACGCGACACCAAUUGCCGAGCCGACACCGUGUUCCUGAAACACAAGCGACGUUACUCCCGCAACUCUGCAAACGUGAAUGCUCAAAUUCGCGUGUGCUCAUCUUCCGGCGCAAAAACCACAACUUUUGCCAUGCCAUGAUUAACGAGGCGCAAUCGCAACCACCGCUCCAAUGCGUCUCCUCACACCCCACGAGUUGCUCUACCCCAUCACCGUCACCAAACUGUUGAAGAAAGAGGGAGAUGAUAUCAAAGCGAAUGAGGCGCUGUUCGUCUACACCUACACCAGCACAGUCACCGAAUUCGACAAAGACCUGAGAGAAGAUGUGGAAAAGAAGCGGACAUGGCCUGCGAACUUUGAGAGCGAAUUGGAAGGCAAAAUUUCCUUCUUGAACGUGACAGUUGGUCAGGUCAUUACGAGGAGGUCUCCGGUGGCAGAGGUUGAAGAGGCUUGCAGGCACGAGAUUCAAUAUGGUGGGAUUUGCGCUGAGUGCGGCGCGGAUAUGACACAGAAUCACUACAACACAUCGAUCGCAGGCACAUCUCGAGCCACAGUCAACACUGUCCACGGUCACACAGACCUGCUAAUCUCACAAGCUGAGGCGACCAAGGCCGAUGAAGACGUCAAGCGGCGACUUCUAGACUCGCGCAAAUUGAGCUUGGUGGUCGAUCUGGACCAAACAGUCAUACAUGCCGCGGUAGAACCUACGAUCGGGGAGUGGCAGAACGAUCCAACAAACCCCAACCAUGAAGCCGUGAAGGAUGUUCGCAAAUUCCAACUGAUUGAUGAUGGACCCAGUGGUCGAGGCACCUGGUAUUAUAUCAAACUUCGACCAGGACUGCCGGAAUUUCUAGACACCAUAUCCAAGCAUUACGAGCUGCAUAUCUACACAAUGGGUACGCGCGCCUAUGCUGAGAACAUCGCGAAGAUCAUUGAUCCCGACCGCAAGCUUUUUGGCGACCGAAUCCUAUCUCGUGACGAGAAUGGCAGCAUGACGGCCAAAAAUCUGAAGCGUCUGUUCCCCGUAGACACGAAGAUGGUCGUUAUCAUCGACGAUCGAGCUGAUGUCUGGAGUUGGAGCCCCAAUCUCAUCAAAGCCAGCGUGUACAAUUUCUUCGUAGGCAUUGGUGACAUCAAUUCGAGUUUCUUGCCUCAGCAACCGACUUUGGAGUUACGACCGGCGAAGUCUGCAAAGUCCGAAAAGGACAGCGCGAAUGGGACUAAUACAGCUGCGACGACUGGAAGCAACCCGACGGCGACGAACUCCUCAUCAAACGGUGCGCCAACAUCGAUAACAUCGCCAGGUGAAAAGAGCGAUCUCUCCGCAGUCGAGCAAAUGGUGUCCAUGGCUGGAAUGCAAGACGCCGGAAGUCUGCAACAAAAGCUAGAUGCUCAGGCCCAGACCAUUGUUGCUCAGGUCGAAGAUCGACCUCUUCUGCAGCAGCAAAAGGCAUUGGAGCAGCAAGAAGAUGAGGCGGCCAAGGCUAGUCCGGCGGUGGAAGCAGCGGCGGAGGACCUGUUAAUGACUGAUGAGAACAGCUCUGAAGAGCCGUCUCAGGAAUCGGUCUCUCCCCAGAAACAGCAUCGCAGCAUCCUGCGGGAUGACGAUGUGGAAUUGGAGCAUCUUGGUCGAAGCCUGCGGGAUGUGCACGCUGCGUACUAUGCAGAGUACGACAAACAAGCACUGGGCUUAAAAGGAGGAAGAGUCGCUGAGCUGCGGCCGGGGCACAGCAAAAAGCGAUCCUUCGAUGAUCUCGAUAACAUCCCUGAUGCUGCCGAAAUCGUCGGCCGGCUGAAAUCUAAAGUCCUCGCGGGAGUCCAAAUCGUCUUUUCUGGCAUCUUCUCGAUCGGUACCAAUAUUCACCAUCAAGAAGUUGUCAUGCUUGCCAAAAUGUUUGGCGCGACCAUUGGAGAGCGCAUCAAUUCCCGCACGACCCACGUGAUCGCUUCACCCGAGCGCCGGACAACAAAAGUCCGUCAGGCGCUCAUGCGUCCUCGCAUAGCCGUUGUCGAUCUUUCGUGGUUGCCUGCGUGUUUUCAACAUUGGGAGAAAGUUGACGACAAGCCUUACCGUAUUCACCAGGAAGAUAACAUCCACUUAAGCCGCGGAGAGAGCUUUGAUGAUGAGAGAGACCUCUCUACCUCUGACGACGACGACGGCGCUGGCCUGGAUGCGGAUGAGAGCAGCGACGCAUCUAACCCACCAAACGGAAAGAUGCGAAACCUCGCGCUCCGCGUCGAUACUGGGACCGGCACCGAGACCGACACAGAUGAGGAUCUCGAACAAUACCGACCUACAGACGAACGCAACGAUAGCAGCCCUACAGUGACAGAACAUGCCGAAGACUGGGGCAACAUCGAUGACGAACUCGCAGAAUUUCUCGGCAGUGACAUGGACGAUGACGAAAGCGAUGCAGAGAGCGUCCGCGACGAUCUCACCGACUCCGAGGCGGAAGUCAGCGAUAGUGGCGGCGCGAGCAACGGGAGUCGACUGCAGAAACGCAAGCGUGAGGCCCUCAAAAGGACGACGAGUUUGACGAAUAUGUCUGCUGCGGCUACUUCCGCGCCUCACACGAAUGGCAAUGCCACCUCCGCCGCCUCUGAAGGUGGUCCAUCGAAUGACGGUGCCACCAACAACGACGAUGAUGAUGACGACCUUGGCCUCGGCAGCGAUGACGAUCUCGAAGCAGCUCUGGCGGCGGAAAUGGCGCGCGAUACUGAUGAUGAGAAUUGA